AAAGUGGGGUCCCAAAAAAACCUCAAUAACUAAAUUCAAAAUGCAUAGCCGUUGCCAACAAUCUCACUAACUUCAAACUUACUUCGAUGAUAUCUAGCUUUCUUUCCUUUUUGUCCUUUUCUUAAAGGGUAAUAGAGUCUAUUUCAAAUUAUUCAAACCGCCAUUCAAUUUCGACCCUACGAUUUCAAACCCAUUUUCAAAUCUACUCAUUUUCCACCGUGGAUUUCUCUAAAAGUUUAAAACAAAUCCCAGACUUCAGUUCAAAAUAACAACCUCAAACUUCACAAUCUUCACUGAGAGAUGUUUUAGAGAGGGAGAGAGAUUAUGUUUAUUCAAUUAAAUUGGGGAUGAAAAACCCUAUAAUUUUUACAAAUUUUUGUUAAUUUAACAAUUUCAGGAUUUCGUUCAUUACGCAUUUUGUUUCUCAAUUCUUCAGUCAGGAUGUUGAGGGAUUUUAAGUUCUCGCGUCGUAAUUCGGGGAAAAAUCAAGAUUUUGAGGAAAUUGAGAAUGUACCAAUAAACCCUAAUGAUUCAUCUACUAGUAUAAUUAGUUCAGAAUCAGCUCAAAAGCAAAAACCCAAUUUAGAUCAUGAAGUGAGUGGUAAAAGUAAGUUUGAGAGGACGCCAGUUAAAUCUAAGUCUACUAAAACAUCCGAUACUCCGAGUAUGCCGCUUCGAACUCCGGAGCGGCAAGGGUAUGGGACUUUAAGGAAAAGAUUCGGGUUUUCGGGUGCGAAUGAAUGUCGUGAUGAAGGGAGAUCUGAAAUGGGGAAUUAUUUGAGCCAAGCUAGUAAAAAUGGUGGAUCUUUGAAUUUGACACCUAGGGUAAGUGGAAAUACUGCUGGGAGGACUUAUAGCGGGUAUUCUGAGAGUACUUCAACUCAGACUACACCAACUAAGAGUGUAAGUAAGCCUCCGAAUCCUGGGUAUGGUCCGAUGAGUAUCUCUCGACAUUUAGGGAAUGGUAGUGUUGCUCGUGCUGGGAAUUAUGCCGCGCUUUCUAGAGGGUUUUCAGUUUCCGGUGCUCAACAUACUGUAGUUAACACGGUUGAUGUUCCACAUUUUGAUCUUAAAGAGGACCCCUCUUUUUGGAUAGAUCACAAUGUACAGGCCAUUAUAAGAGUGCGUCCCCUUAACAAUGUUGAAAGAAGUAUGCAAGGAUACAAUAGGUGCGUGAGACAAGACAGUGCGCAGAGCAUAACUUGGAUUGGACAGCCAGAAACUCGAUUUACGUUUGAUCAUGUAGCAUGUGAAACAGUAGAUCAGGAGUUACUUUUUAGGAGAACCGGUUUACCAAUGGUGGAGAAUUGCUUAUGUGGAUACAAUAGUUGUAUGUUUGCCUAUGGGCAGACUGGAAGUGGAAAAACAUACACAAUGCUCGGGGAAAUGGAGAAUGUUGAGUUUACGCCUAGUUCCCAUAGAGGAAUGACACCAAGAAUAUUUGAAUAUUUGUUCGCUAGAAUUAAUGCGGAAGAGGAAAGCCGAAGAGAUGAGAAAUUGAAGUACAGCUGCAGGUGUUCAUUCUUGGAGAUCUACAAUGAGCAGAUCACAGAUCUCCUUGAUCCAUCAUCAACAAAUUUGCUUCUUCGUGAAGAUGUUCAGAAGGGUGUGUAUGUUGAGAAUCUUUCACAAUUUGAGGUUCAAACUGUAGGGGAUGUCCUAAGACUUUUAAUCCAGGGUUCCGCAAAUAGGAAAGUGGCUGCAACAAAUAUGAAUAGGGAGAGCAGUAGGUCUCAUAGUGUCUUUACAUGCACAAUCAAGAGUAAGUGGGAGACAGAUUCAACAACCAACCAAAGAUUUGCUAGUCUAAAUCUUGUUGAUCUUGCUGGUUCAGAAAGGCAGAAAGCAUCAGGCGCGGAAGGUGAGCGACUCAAAGAGGCUGCAAAUAUCAAUAAAUCUUUGUCAACACUGGGUCAUGUAAUAAUGCUUCUAGUUGAUAUUGCUAAUGGGAAGCCAAAGCAUGUUCCUUACCGGGAUUCGAGGCUGACUUUUCUUCUUCAGGACUCCCUUGGUGGUAAUUCAAAAACCAUGAUAAUUGCCAACAUUAGCCCUUCUAUAUGUUGUGCUGCUGAAACACUGAACACACUGAAAUUUGCUCAAAGGGCAAAACUUAUUCAAAAUAAUGCUGUGGUGAAUGAAGAUUCUUCAGCAGAUGUCACUGUCCUACAACACCAAUUAUGGCUUUUAAAAGAGGAGCUUUCUGCUUUAAAACGGCAAAAUCCUGCCCGAGCAUUAGCAUUUGAUGUAUCUGAUACAAUAAGAGGCCAGGUGAAUGUGUAUACAGAAAACCCGAAAAAAAAUGUUCAAGUAAGCGAAGAAGCCUUGCAUAGUUCUGAUUUAAAGGGAAGCCAAGAAGUGUCUACCAAACAGUUGAAGUCCUUGGAAUUGAUGCUUGCUGGAGCACUGAGAAGGGAGCAGAUGGCUGAAAGUACCAUUAAGAAGCUUGAAGCUGAAAUUGAGCAGUUGAAUCGUUUGGUUCGUCAAAGAGAAGAAGACACUAGAUGCACUAAAAUGCAGCUGAAAUUCCGUGAAGACAAGAUUCAAAGAAUGGAGUCUCUUGCAGGUGAUUUAAAACCUGUGGAUGCUUAUCUGCUUGAAGAGAAUGCUGCUCUCUCAGAAGAGGUGCAACUGUUGCGAGCAAAAGUUGAUAGGAACCCUGAAGUGACCCGGUUUGCUGUAGAGAACAUCCGGUUACUGGAACAACUUCGAAGAUUUCAAGAUUUUUACGAGGAAGGGGAAAGGGAUAUCUUACUACAAGAAGUAUCUGAUCUUCGGGCCCAGCUUAUUCAUUCUCUUGAUAGCAGUAGUCAGCAGCAUAACUGUGUAGAAAUUGUUCAGGAUGGUACUAACAAUAGGAAACAAAAUGAAUCUACCGGCUCUGAGUUGGAUUAUACUUUGAAUGAACUAGCUGAGUGCCAGAGCAAGCUAAAGUCUUGUUUAGAAACCAAUGCGAAAUUAACCAGGGAAAUUGAGGAUUUGCAGGCUCUUUUGUGGAAUAAGGAUUCAGGGAUGCAAGAGCACCAAGGAAAUUCUACUGCAGUUAAGUAUAUGCAUGUUCCAACUCUUGGGGCUCAAGCAUUAGAUGCUAUCAAUGAUGAGAGUGGUAGUAAGAAUAUAGAUCUUGCAAGACACGCUGAGGAAAUGAUCAACUUGGACCUGGAGCUUGAUAUACUAAAAAUAAUUCUGAAAGAAGAGAGGUGUUUGCGUGGAAAAAUGGAGGAGACAACGUCUUCAUUGACUAGAGACGUUCAGCUGGCCGAGGAGAAAGUGAUGUUAUUAAGGAAGCAGUGGGAAGAAGCCCAGGAGGAUUUAAACGAAGCAAAAUCAGUUAUUGAAGCCCUCGAAUCUCAACACCUUUUGUCCAUCAACGAGAUUGAGGAUCUGAAAGUCCAAAACAACCAUCAUUCGGAGCUUUUACGUCAGCAGGAACUUCAAAUAACUGCACUGAGAGAGCAAAGACAAAGACAAGAAGCUUCCUUCUCAUGUUUAAAGCACUCGGAAACUGAAGAUUCUCCAGUACAGAUGCAAUUACAGAGGAUGCAAGCUUCUCUUGACAAGGCCAAGCAAUUAAACAUGUUAUACCAAAGAGAUCAUGCAUUUCAGAGAUCCAAUGAAGAAGAAAUGGAUGAAAUACGCCGACAAGCUGAGGCUGAAACUGCGGAUGUGAUUGUCUGCUUGCAAGAAGAACUUUCUGAGCUUCAGCAGCGAGUACAGGAGAAUGACUUGAGAGAGAAAGAGGCGGAAAGCAGGCUGCUUGAUUUUGAGAUCAAAAUGAAGAUGCUGCAGGAAACUUCUGACUCGAUUUCACAUGAAAAUGAAGUUUUACGUCAAAGUCUCCUGGAGAAAGACACGGAAAUCAAAUCACUUACGGAACUUUCUGUGCUUCAACAGCAAGUGCAAGAGAAUGACCUUAGAGAGAAAGAUAUGAAACUUCUUAAUAUCGAAAUCAAAAUGAAAGAACUGCAAGAGGCUUCUGACAUGAUGUCUCAAGAGAAUGAAGCAUUACGUCAAAGACUCCUAGAGAAAGACACGGAUAUUAAGUCACUGACAGAAGACUGGGAGCUAUUGAGCUGUGAAAUUGAAGAAUCUCUCAUUGAUGGACACGAGGCUUUAAGAAGUGCCUCUGAUCAACUUGCUUCCAUUUCAUUUUCUAACAGAAGAAGCUUGGUUUCUGAACAAUUUGGUAAAAUGAUCAAACAGUUAUCAGACAAAGAAUCAAUAAUUGAAGAACUUAACAGCUGUUUAGAGGAUGCGAACACUAAAGCCAACGACAUGGAACGCAUGUUGAUGUCCCUUAGAGGUGCAGCUAUGGUCAUGACCGAGUCCCAUGAACAAGAGUGCUAUGAAAAGGAGAAAGAAAUACAGCAGCUGCGAGCAGAGUUCAUGGCCCAGCUCACUGCUGUGGCCGAGUCCCAUGACCAAGAAUGUUAUGAGAAGGAGAAAGAAAUGCAGCAGCUGCGUACAGAGUUAAUGGCUCAUUCCUCUGCCAAGGAUGAAAAGAUCUAUAGGUCUGAGAAGAAGCAUUGUGAAAGUAAAGAAAUUGUUGAAGCUGGAUUGCUUAGUCUCGAAGCUGCUUUCACUAACUUUCAAAAUAAAUGUGGAAGCAAAAUCUAUGCUCUGGAUCAGAAGCUGCAAAUGGUUGCAGGGUGUGCUCAAGAAGCCAAGAGCACUUGCUGCCGAACAAAGGAGUUACUUGAAUUGCAAUUGUUAGAUGCUGAAGCAACUACCGCUCAGAAUACAAUAGAGGCUUCUUGUCUUCUAUCUAGGUUUGAGGAAGCGCAAGAUACAAUGAAAGAGGCUGAUAUAAUGGUCAAUGGACUGAUGAUAGCAAAUGAAACAUUGAAGCUUCAAGUUGAAGACCUCAGUAAUACAAACGCCAUGUUAAAUAGUCAGAAAAACAGCUUAAUCAAUGAGUUGCAAGAAUUGCAAUCUGCUUAUGAAUUGAAUUAUCAGACACAGAGAGAUCUUGAAACACAACUUAAGUCUGAUGUUUCACAAAAUAUGAUCCUUAUUGAGGAGUUGCGGAGCAUUGUCUCACAGGUACAGGAUACAUCUGAAGAGGCAUUCAUGGCUCUGACCCAGGAUUUGAACUGUACUAAGCUACAGAUUCAUGACACAGUCAAAUUGUUGCACUCAUCACUGGAGGAUGUUUGGUCACAGAUACUCAUGAAGGACUGUGCUCUCUCUGUGUUGCAUCUUUGUCACAUGGGUGUCCUUUUAGAGACAAUAACAUCACUGAAUGCAGAAAAUGGAUUUCUCCUUCAUGGAGUUCGUGAAUCAAAUGCCGCAAUAUAUGAUUUGAGGGAGCGUAACAUAAAAUCCAAAGAGGAGCUUGAAAUGUGUCGAAUGCUAAAGGGAAAGCUGUUGGCUGACUUUAAGAGCAGCUUUGAUCGUAUCUUAAGGAAAGAAGGUGAAGCUAUAGAGCUCAACUUGAAGGUAGACGGUUUCAGUGAAAAACUAUUUGUUCUUCAGCGUCAGGAGGAGAUGAUGCUGGAAAGGUUCAACUUCAUGAGUUCUGAGCUAUCUAACUUAGUGCAGGAGUUGGGUCAGAGUAACUCAGAAAUGAUUGCAUCCUUUGAAGAGCAAGAAGAGAAUUUGACACUUGAAUGGUACGCAAAAGACUAUGAGCUGCUUAUUGUAGCUUCAGAACUGCAGGAAUUGACUGAUAGCAAUGCUGAUAUGAAAAGGAGACAAAUGAAUUGUCAGGCAGCCUUGGAUGCCUUGAUGCGAGAGAUAGUUACCCUCCAGAUUACUUCAGAUUUUAAAGAACAUCUCUUGUCCGAAAAGGAAAUAGAUGUCAUUUCCAUGCAGAAAAGAGUUGAUGAAGCCAAGGAUGGUGAGGCAAAAGUGUUGACCCAGCAACAAAUACUUGUAGAAGAAAACAUGACUUUAAGAAAGCACCUGAGCAUGAAGGAGAAUGAUCUGGAGAAUUUGCAGAAUGGGAUGCUUUUACUGCAGACCUCAUCUCAUGAUCUUCAAAACAAAUUAUCGAAGCUGGAAACAGAAAAGGAAUCACUGCAAAAUGAAUUUCUGAAUCUGAAGAAUGAUAACUGUGUGAUGCUUGAAGAUAUACAGGGUAAAGACUCUGAAUUAAAAUCAUCUAUGGACUUUCUUGAUACACUUAAGUUGGAGAAUUGCAGAUUACAAGAAAACAUUUCUCUUUUAGAAUCCAGAAUUGUCUUACUAGAAAAAGAUAUUGAAAUGAAAAAUGCAGAGCUCAAUGACAUCCAACUUUCUCAAUCUUCUACAGUCGAGGCUCUGAGCAACAAGAGCCACGAUUUAGAAAGUUAUGUCACAAAAGUGAAGGACCUGCAGGAAGCGAAUUUCCAUUUAAGAGAGGAAGUUCGAUCUCUGAAACACAGAAACAUUAAAGCACUUCGUAGUUCCAGUUCCAAGGUGACAAUGUGCUCUUCUUCAGUAGAAACUACUGAACUACGGAGCUGCAGGAUGCUUAAACAAAUCGAGGAAAAAAUUCUGAUGAUUAUGGAUCAAAUAUCUGAAGAUAACUGUCAAAAUCUUGAAGUGUUGUCUGGGUUUUUGAAAGAAUUGGAGUUUGUGGACAUUAUAGCUAAUGACCUUGUGUCUCAAAAUGUGUAUUUACAAGAAGAGUUGCAUAGGAAGGAUGAGAUUCUAAAUGGGUUGUUGUUUGAUCUACGCCUGUUGCAAGAAUCUGCUGCCAUUAAUAAAGACCAGAAGGAUGAAAUCGAGGAAUUGAAAGUAAAUUUGGAGUCUGCAGAAAGUGAAUUAGCUACAAGAGCGCAUGAACUUGAUGAGGCGGUUGCAUACAUACAAGAACUUGAAAAUAGAUUUGAGAGUCAAGGAGAAACAUUGUCAACAUUAGAGAUGGACUUAGAAAAGGCCAACCAGUCUGUAAACAUCCUCUCUGAUGAAAAUUCGUUGCUGAGGAUUCAAGUAGAAGAUAUUAUGGCAGAAAAUAGUUCUCUAGAGACAGAAUUGAGUGAGAAAAAGAGCAUAAUUGACAACCUUGAGAAUGAAUUGCUUGAAAUGGGAAACACUCUAGGUCAUGUUAAUGAGCUAGUUGAAUCUUUGAAGAGCAAAUUAAAUGAAGUCAACGAUGAAAAGGGCCAACUCCAAAAGGAGCUGCUGGUCUUGGAAGGAAAGGUUGAAACUGCUCAUGCUCUUGCGGAGGAAAACGAAGCUGUGGCUGCAGAAGCCCAGGAGAUAGCUGAAUCUAGAAGGAUUUAUGCGGAAGAGAAGGAAGAAGAGGUGCAGCUUUUAGAGAGAUCUGUGCAAGAAUUGGAUUCUACCAUCAGCGUAUUGGAAAACAAGGUUGAUGUCCUAAAAGGAGAAGCAGAAAGGCAAAGGUUGCAGAGGGAAGAGCUGGAACUAGAGCUUCAGUCUCUCAAAACCCAGAUGCUUAAUGUUGAAAAUACUGAUGUUGAUAUUAAAAGACGUUUUGACGAAAAAUCUAGAAAACUCCAAGAAGCCUUGAAGCGCAUACAAGUUCUUGAUAGCGAUUUGGAAAAUAAAGGCACAGAGAUUUCUAAAUGCAAAGAGCAUAUUUUGGAGUUGACUUUACAGGCAGAAGCACAGGCUUGUGAGUAUAAACACAAGUUCAAGGAGUUGGAAACAAUGGUAGAACAGCUUAAAUCAGAAGAGGCUUUGAAUAAGUUGGAGAAAAAUGCUUCAAAAGGGAGGGGUUCUGCUUCCCCUUUUAAAGGAAAGGGUUCAAGUUCUCCCUUUAAAGCAAGGGGUUCUGGUUCACCCUUCAAGUGCAUUGGCCUGGGGUUGGCACAUCAACUCAAAUCAGAGAAGGAUGAAGAUUAUAAUGCUGAAAGGCAACGGGUAGAAGAGCUUGAAGCCUUGGUUGCCAAUAAACAGAAGGAAAUAUUUAUGCUGAAUGCUAGGUUAGCUUCUGCAGAAAGUAUGACGCAUGAUGUAAUACGGGAUUUACUAGGAGUAAAAUUGGAUAUGAGCAGUUAUGUGACACUGUUAGAUAAACAGCAAGUUCAAAAGAUAACAGAGAAGGCUCAACUAGAUAGCUUAGAAUCAAAGGACCCAGAGGUGAACAAGCUCAAGAAGCAGCUGAAUGAGUUUAUUGAAGAAAGACAAGGAUGGUUGGAGGAAAUUGACAGAAAACAGGCAGAACUAGUUGCUGCACAGAUUGCAUUAGAGAAGCACCGCCAGCAAGAGCAAAUGCUCACCUCGGAAAAUGAAGUAUUGAAGAUGGAGAUACAAAAUCAUAGAAAGAGAAUGACAGAGCUUGAAGAGGAGCUGAAGAAGUUGUCUGGCCAGCAAAACCUUCAUCAUCGUAUACACCAUCAUGCCAAAAUCAAGGAAGAAAACAAUAUCCUCAAAGUCCAAAAUGAAGAUCUUUGUCAUAGAUUGCGAGCAACUGAGUCAUUUCUCUCACGUCUCAAGGAAGAACUGGCUCACUACCGUGCUUGCAAUGGAAGAAGCCCAUAUGUUCAUUUUGACGAGGAGAAGAGACUGAAGAACAAAAUAAAGGAGGCUGAACAGGAAAAACUACAAUUAGCCCAAAAGUUACUGAACUUGUGUACGAGCAUUCUAAAGGCUGCUGGUAUAAGGAAACCAACAUCUGAAAUCGACCUUUCUGCAGCUGAGGAAGCUCUUGAGAGGAUAGUGACUCGAGUGACUUCAUUGGAGAAAGAAUUGGAAGAUGUGAAACUAAAGAGUAAGAUUACAAAUGAAAGAAACCGGUUGGCAGAGCUUAUGUCAGAUUCUUCGCCAUUUAGCUCCAGGUCAGCAGAUAAUCGACAAACCCCUAGAAGAUCCUCUCAAUCGCCUUUCUUUUCUAUGCUUGAUCGAUAGGUGGCAUUUGCAUACUCGUUAUUAGUUAGUUAGGCCUUGUACAAUAGUGAGUCGUUGGCUUGCUGCGAAAGCGUAAAGAUAUGUAACAAAGUACUAUGUAUAGUCUUUGCCAUAGUGCAAAAAUUUGGUUUCGGUCACUACAGCGGCAACUGGUAACGAAAUCACAGUUACCGUACCACCAAAAUGUGGUUUUGUACUAGUCUUUGCUAACCAGUAAAGUGUCAGUUUUGUUUACUGGCUUGUAUAGGUUUAUUCUUUGUAUGUGAACAAUACGCAUAAUUUUGUUGUGCAUUCUUAUCUCAAUGCCAUAGCAAAUUCAUGAAUUGUUAUUUCAUUUUUUUUUAAGUGUGUCAUUAUAUAGUUCAUUUUUUACCAA